AUGGCGGCGCCGCCGCGCCGCUCCCAGCACCACCACCACCAUCACGGGCCGCCACCGCCGCCCGGGCCGGCCUCGCCGCCCGCCGCCGCCUCUCCGCCGCGCAGCCCCAGCCUCGCGCCGGCCGAGCUCGGCCCCGCCGCGCAGCGCCACAGCCUGGCCGGGCCCGAGGGCGAGGCUCCCCCCGACGCCGAGCGGCCUCCGGCCGCGGAGUGCUCCGAGAGCGCCGCGCCGGGCCCGCCGCAGGGCUCGGGCAGCAGCUCCGGCAGCUCGGCCUCUUCCUCCUCUUCCUCAUCGUCCACGUCGUCGUCGGUGGCGUCGAGCCCGGCGGCGGAGAGCCCCGAGGCGGCGGGCCCGAGCGGGGCCUUCCGCGAGCUGCUGGAGGCUUGCCGUAAUGGAGACGUGACGCGCGUCAAGCGCCUGGUGGACGCUGGCAACGUCAACGCCAAGGACAUGGCCGGCCGCAAGUCCACGCCGCUCCACUUCGCCGCCGGGUUUGGAAGGAAGGAUGUUGUAGAGCACUUGCUGCAGACAGGAGCCAAUGUUCAUGCUCGUGACGAUGGAGGGCUGAUACCCCUUCACAACGCCUGCUCCUUUGGUCAUGCUGAAGUGGUUAGUCUGUUGCUGUGCCAAGGUGCAGACCCUAAUGCUAGAGACAAUUGGAACUACACUCCUUUGCACGAGGCUGCUAUCAAGGGGAAGAUAGAUGUGUGUAUUGUGCUGCUGCAGCACGGAGCUGAUCCAAACAUUCGGAACACCGAUGGGAAAUCUGCGCUGGAUCUGGCAGACCCCUCUGCAAAAGCUGUACUCACGGGUGAAUACAAGAAGGACGAACUCCUGGAAGCUGCUAGGAGUGGUAAUGAAGAAAAACUGAUGGCUUUAUUGACUCCUUUAAAUGUGAACUGCCAUGCAAGCGAUGGGCGCAAGUCCACUCCUUUACAUCUAGCAGCAGGCUAUAACAGAGUACGAAUAGUCCAACUUCUGCUUCAGCAUGGUGCAGAUGUUCACGCAAAGGACAAAGGUGGUCUUGUGCCUCUUCAUAACGCAUGUUCAUACGGACACUAUGAAGUUACAGAGCUACUACUUAAGCAUGGCGCAUGCGUUAAUGCAAUGGACCUCUGGCAAUUUACUCCCUUGCACGAGGCUGCUUCCAAGAACCGCGUAGAAGUCUGCUCCCUCUUGCUGAGUCACGGUGCAGAUCCCACAUUAGUCAACUGCCACGGAAAGAGCGCGGUGGAUAUGGCUCCGACACCUGAGCUCAGGGAGAGGCUGACCUAUGAAUUCAAAGGACAUUCUUUACUGCAAGCAGCUAGAGAGGCGGAUUUAGCCAAAGUGAAAAAAACGCUUGCUUUGGAGAUCAUCAAUUUUAAGCAGCCACAGUCACAUGAGACUGCUCUGCACUGUGCUGUGGCCGCUGUGCAUCCCAAGCGGAAGCAAGUUACAGAACUAUUGCUCAGGAAGGGAGCCAACGUUAAUGAGAAAAACAAAGAUUUCAUGACACCUUUGCAUGUAGCGGCCGAGAAAGCUCAUAAUGAUGUCAUGGAAGUUCUGCAUAAGCAUGGAGCAAAGAUGAACGCACUGGACACACUUGGUCAAACAGCAUUACAUAGGGCUGCUUUAGCAGGUCACUUGCAAACCUGCCGACUCCUGCUGAAUUAUGGCUCUGAUCCCUCCAUCAUCUCUUUACAAGGAUUCACAGCUGCACAGAUAGGAAAUGAAGCAGUGCAACAGAUUCUAAGUGAAAGUACACCUGUGCGUACAUCUGAUGUAGAUUACCGGUUGUUAGAAGCAUCCAAAGCUGGAGACUUGGAAACUGUGAAGCAACUUUGCAGCCCUCAGAAUGUGAAUUGUAGAGAUUUGGAAGGCCGCCAUUCAACACCACUGCACUUUGCUGCAGGAUAUAACCGCGUGUCAGUGGUGGAGUAUCUGUUGCACCAUGGGGCAGACGUGCAUGCCAAAGAUAAAGGUGGCUUAGUUCCCUUGCACAACGCCUGUUCUUAUGGACACUACGAAGUAGCUGAACUCUUAGUGAGGCAUGGUGCUUCUGUCAAUGUAGCAGACCUGUGGAAAUUCACUCCUCUUCAUGAAGCAGCAGCGAAAGGGAAAUAUGAAAUCUGCAAACUGCUAUUAAAACAUGGGGCUGAUCCAACAAAGAAGAAUCGAGAUGGGAACACUCCUCUAGAUUUGGUGAAAGAAGGAGACACAGAUAUCCAGGACUUACUGCGCGGAGAUGCUGCUUUGCUAGAUGCCGCCAAGAAAGGGUGCCUGGCUCGAGUGCAGAAGCUGUGUACUCAAGAAAAUAUCAAUUGCAGAGACACCCAGGGAAGAAAUUCAACACCACUACAUCUUGCAGCUGGUUACAACAAUUUGGAAGUAGCUGAAUACCUUCUUGAGCAUGGUGCUGAUGUUAAUGCCCAGGACAAAGGUGGAUUAAUACCUCUACAUAAUGCAGCAUCUUAUGGGCAUGUGGACAUUGCAGCGUUGCUGAUCAAAUACAAUACGUGUGUAAAUGCAACAGAUAAGUGGGCAUUCACACCAUUGCAUGAAGCGGCACAAAAAGGAAGGACGCAGCUGUGUGCUUUGCUCUUAGCUCAUGGAGCAGAUCCAACCAUGAAGAAUCAAGAGGGUCAGACACCACUAGACCUGGCAACAGCUGAUGAUAUCAGAGCUCUGCUGAUAGAUGCGAUGCCUCCAGAAGCUUUACCUACAUGCUUUAAGCCUCAAGCAACUGUUGUUAGUGCCUCCUUGAUCUCGCCAGCAUCUACGCCAUCCUGCCUUUCUGCUGCCAGCAGUAUAGACAACCUCACCGGGCCGCUGGCAGAGCUAGCAGUCGGAGGGGCAUCAAAUACUGGUGAUGGAGCAGCGGGAACUGAAAGGAAGGAGGGAGAAGUUUCUGGUCUUGACAUGAACAUUACUCAGUUCCUGAAAAGCCUUGGUCUUGAGCACCUUCGGGACAUCUUUGAGACAGAACAGAUAACCCUAGAUGUGUUGGCAGACAUGGGACAUGAGGAGCUUAAAGAAAUAGGGAUUAACGCCUAUGGCCACCGACACAAAUUGAUAAAAGGUGUGGAGAGGCUUCUAGGAGGCCAGCAAGGUACCAAUCCGUAUUUAACUUUCCACUGCGUGAGUCAGGGCACUAUUCUCCUUGACCUUGCACCUGAUGAUAAGGAGUAUCAGUCCGUUGAAGAGGAGAUGCAAAGUACAAUCCGGGAGCACAGGGAUGGUGGAAAUGCUGGUGGGAUUUUCAACAGGUACAAUGUCAUCAGGAUUCAAAAGGUUGUGAAUAAAAAGUUGCGGGAGAGAUUCUGUCACAGGCAGAAGGAGGUCUCAGAAGAGAAUCAUAACCAUCACAAUGAGCGCAUGUUGUUUCAUGGGUCUCCUUUUAUUAAUGCUAUCAUUCACAAAGGAUUUGAUGAAAGGCACGCGUACAUUGGAGGAAUGUUUGGAGCUGGAAUUUAUUUUGCAGAGAACUCUUCAAAGAGCAACCAAUAUGUGUAUGGGAUAGGAGGAGGAACAGGCUGUCCCACACACAAAGACAGGUCCUGUUACAUCUGCCACAGACAAAUGCUUUUCUGCAGAGUGACCCUUGGAAAAUCCUUUCUUCAGUUCAGUACCAUGAAGAUGGCACACGCCCCUCCAGGACACCAUUCAGUUAUUGGCAGGCCCAGUGUGAAUGGACUUGCAUACGCUGAAUACGUUAUCUAUAGAGGAGAACAGGCAUAUCCAGAAUAUCUUAUUACAUACCAGAUUGUGAAACCAGAAGCUCCUUCACAGACAGGAACAGCAGCAGAGCAAAAGACCUAGUAGCUGCAGAACAGUGAAGAAGGAUGCGACUUCAAUCUUGGACUGGGUGGAUAUGUGUUCAGGAUAUCAGUAUCAUAUAAAAUUCUUAAUCUGGAAAUAAGCUGUAUGUCUUUUAUAAAGCAUUGCUGUCUUGAUGAAUAUGAUAAGAGUAACUCUUGCAUACUCAACUGCUAUAUUGUUCCUUUUGAGGAAGGUUUACAAGAGACUGCCUUUUAAUAAUGCAUCUCAGGCUCUUAGUCUCUACCAUUACCAUGUGCAAAAUAAUGUUGUUUUGAUCUAGACUUUGAGAACAUUGUGCAAACAGAAAUCUUUAUCAAGGCCAUCUCACAUGUUAAAAUUUCAGACACUACUGUUCUACUUACUUUAUUUGCAGAUAAACUGCAUUAAGUCCAUAAUUUUCCUUUCAGCAUGCAGCAUUCAUUUUAUGUUUUCAGAAAGUCUCAGUCAGCUAUUUAUUUUCCUUUUGUAUUCUGGAGUUGAGCCAGAACCUACUUAGAGGUAUUUUGCACAAAGUCAAGUUGACUAAAACCAUUAACAAUGCAAUAUCAAAUUCAUCUGAGAAGGGGCUAGGUCCAGUUCUUCAAGAUAAGGGUUUUUUUGCACACCUCUGAGCAAAUGAUACUGAUAUGUGAGUGUUACUUUAGAGUGGAGACAAAUCACAUUUUGGUUUGCUGAGUUGUCUGCAUGAAUUUUCUGGGGAAACCCAACAGAAGUGUCAAACCAACUCUUGUGCUUGAAAGGACUUGAUACAGCAGGUCAAUGUCCUCUGCUGAUAUCUCUAAAAGAACAUUUUAUAGGCUGCUAUCAAGUGUGUGCAGUUUGUGAAACACUCUCCCCUUACAGUGGCAUAGGGUUUUGUUGGGAUAUAGUUGACAAGUCAGAAGACCACACAUGCAAGGAUGUAUCUGGGUCACAUCCCUCUAUAUGAGGCACAGAGGAUGGUUCUCAGACUGGUAAGGGAGAAUGUGUUACAGCAGUUUUCGUGUUACAUCUGUUUGACAUUGUGGUUGUUGAACAGCUUAAGUGGUUUACAAAAAUAAUUUUUUAAAAUACGUGUAUUACAUCUUUAUUUGGAAAACUUUUUUAAAAAGAUCAGUUGGGAAGUCAAUUUGCUCGCAGGUAUACCAGAGGACAGAGCUGGGAUGUACUCACCCUAACCCCCUUCCAUGCAAGUUCCUGGGUUUAUUUUGCUGGGUAGGAGAAAGUUAUAUUUCAGCGUUGCAUAGCACAGCAUCAGACAACUUGGAAGUCUCCCUCAUGAACAAUACAGAUUUAACAAAAGUAUAAAUCAAUUUCUUUUGUUUUUUUUUUUUGAGUUGUUUUUACAACUUCAGAGAAGGUUGAAAGUCAAGCCGUUAUUAGUAGUUUUGGUUUUGUUUUUAAACCAUCAAUAUGAGAUGUUUUCCAGCAUCGAGCACAUCAUGGCUGAAGGUAAAAUGUUCCCUUGAACAGGCUGUCCAUUUCCCUAUCGACCGGCACUGCUGAAAAGCUGAUGAUCCAGUUCAUGCAUUCCAGCUUCAUCACUCUUUAAGUGAGGGAAUGACAGAAUACCAUGCUUUCAGUUUGUAAAAACGUGUACUCCCUGCCAGUGGGGUUUGCUCGGGGUGUUUGGAUAAAACAGAGUUUUCACUUUCAGCUUUAAGACACAGAAUUUUCAUUUUUAGCAUUAAAACUGUAGUGUUGAAGCAAGUUAUCCUCCUGGAGGAAUUGCGCCCACUGUAAAAUCAGUCAUCUGAUGCAUUCUGGCUGCCUGCACAUCCACUCUGUAAUAUCUAUAAAGAAAACCUUAGAAAUAGCAAUACUGCAGCAGAUCUUGAGCUUUGGGUUUUAUUUCUCUCGAGCUGGCACUGGAUCUAUGGUUUUCACUUCAUUUUGUGACCUGAUGAAGUAAUCAGCUUCGCGGUCCAAGCCAGGCUCUGGCCUAGUUGUCCUUUUAAUCAGACAUCAUUGAUACAGUUGGGUGGUUGUAUUUUGGCUACUUGUUUAGUAGUGUUAGAAUUGCAGAGAUCACCACUAGGCUUUGAAGCUUUGUAUUCAUCAUUUAAGUUUGGGGUUUGUUUUUAAUUUAGUUAAGAAUGGAGCAGGGGAUGUGCCUAUCUACACUAGGGUUUCAAGAUAGUGAUGAGGGUGAGUGUGGCUCGCCAUCCCCAUUAGACAUAGUGAUUAAAAAAAUGAAUUGUGCUGCGUAGAUGAGCAAAAUAGUUAAUGUGCGUGUGGAAGGUGAAAGCUUUACAUCUUUGAAAAACAAGAACAAACCUAAAAACAAAACCCCACCAGGCCCGCACCAGAUUUUGUUCUUGCUUGUUGUUUCCUGUGUGCUAAUUGAACAAAAUCUGGGUUUCAUCAAGAGCUGUGAAGUUCUGGAGUACAAAAAUACACUGUUCGGUAUCUGGAAACUGCCCAUGUUACGUAUCUGAUGUUCUGUGCAGAGUAAAAGGCGCUGUGUGAAGAAAUGAUUUUGCAGUGGCUUUUGUCUUAUAACGGUCCCAUGCCCAUCCAUAGCCAGCACAGAGGGACAUCACAGUCUGGUGGGCUGUGCAGACUAGCGUGUGCCUCUGCUGGCCAAAGUUGUGCGUGCGUGUGUGUGUGUGUGUGUGUCUCGUGGCUCAGAACAUGGUGAGGAUCUUCCCGUCAGUGUCUGUUACCUAUGGAAAAGCUGGCGGUGGUUGAGCUGCUGCUGACACUGUUUGGUUUGCAGUAGGGUUGCUGCUGCUUUAGCUGAGGGAGUUGAUGUAAUCGCUCCUAGUUCCAGAAAUAGGAUUUGGCAGGGUGCCUCGUCCUGAGCAGGGCUGUCCCCUGGUGAUGGGAUGAUUGUUUGCAGCACCACAUCACCAACAGAGGCAUGAUAGAAGCGAGGAUGCAGGAAGGUGCUGGGCUAAGCCAGGUUUGGGAGCUUGGCACCUCUCAGUGGCUCCAGGCAGAGCCAUUCCCUGUGGGAUUAAUGUGGUGCCUUGCAGAGGGGAUGGUGCUUGUCCUGAGCUGGUGCCUUUUACCCUUAGAGGAGUGCUUUGAAACAGCUGUGAUAGGGCCUCAGUGGGCAGACAGCGGCACUUCACCAAGUCUGAAGCGGGAGGUUCUGGCUCUCCAGGGUUGAGGUUGUAUCCAUGACACAGGGUGGCAUUGCAGUCUGAACGCUGUCAGCAAAACUUGUCAGAAUUAAAACCAGAGUACAGCAUCUCAGCGUGGUACAUCUUUCUUUCUCUUCCUUACUUCUCUCCACCAAUCUUUGAUCCCAGCUCCGUGAAAACUGCUGUAGACUGUUGUACUGGUUUGGUAGUUUUCCAGCCACUACUGUUCUGUAGUCAAGGAAUCAGGAUUGUUUUUUCUAACCUCUGUUUUGAGUGUUUGCAAGUGAUAUGAUCAAAUCCCACCGUGUUGUGUAGCAGGAAUUUCCUUACCUGCAAACUCUUCUACCAAUUUUUUUUCCAAAGAUGGGGAAAAAGAAAUGGUUCCAAGCUCAAAGUAGGCAGAUGAGUUUUGAAUAUUGUGAUUGUUCUCAGAAGCAGAAAGUCAGGGAGCGUGUGAAUUUAUUCUUAAAGGAAUUUCACCAUUCCCAUACUUCCUGACCCUAGAAAAUCUAACUGAUAUCAAAAAGGAUGUGUGCCUGGUGUGUGUUUCAGUCAUUUCAAGCUAAGCUGACACACUUUUGGGUAGGACAGGGGGGAAUGCAGAUUCAGUUUAGCUCUGGGUACCAACUGAUGUGGGAAUCUAUGGACUGGAACCUGCUGGUGGUCAGAGGUGCUUUGGAAACAGGGGAGAGCUCAUUGCCUGCAACCUGUGGGGGUUGGGGCAGUGCUUGUGAGCACUGCUGAAGGAAAGUGAGUGAGUCAGCAGGGAGCAAGAGGAGCCCAUGCGUUGCGGUGAAAUGAACGCAUGCGCCCAUCAGGCUGUAUUAGCAGACUGGUUUUGAUCUAUCUAGUUCUGUCAUACCGAGCCUAUUGGUGGCAAUUCUUAGUGUUGGUUCCAUUGUGCUGAUGACUAAUGUAGUUUGAUUAGAGUAACUGUAUUACAAGGUAAUUUUGGCACUGUUUCUUCUUAACAUCUGUGGAACUUGCUUCAGCUUUGGAAAUCGAAGUGGGGAUUUCUGUGCCACAGUCCCGUGAGCUUGUGCACCUCCAUUUCUGAUCGCUUGCUCUGCCACCCCAAACAGCAAUGUAUCUGGGGUUGAGUUUUUAGACUUUUAUAUAACUUUGUCUUCACAGCUAGUCCUUUGUUCCUCUCUUGGUGGCUGACCACCUGGAGCUGGGAUAGCAUUUAUUUAUUUCUUCCUUUACCCUCUCUGUAAAAGAAGAUGAUGGGCAGGUUCUCAGCCUGUCUACAUGGUGGACUUUAGGUAACAUUGUUGUAACAACCAAGUUUGAUCUAUAAAUGUGCUUGGCUAAAUGUCUGAUCUGCAAUACUUGUAAUAGUUUAAAACUCAAUAAAUACAUUUUUAACAGUU